AUGAGUCCCUCUACUGUUGUGGUCAAAGCCGACCAGCUUCCCUACUUCACCCCCGCUAACAACGCCGGUGCUGCCAUUCAACCCCACGAUGCCGCCACACCGACCCUCUUCCGCCCGCUGACCAUCCGCGAUGUGACCCUUAAGAACCGCAUUGUAGUUUCGCCCAUGUGCAUGUACUCCGCCGAGCCCGAUCUUUCCUCCCCUCUUGCUGGCGCCUUGACCGAUUAUCACAUUGCCCACCUGGGCCAUUUCGCCAUCAAAGGCGCGGGUCUGGUCUUCGUGGAAGCGAGCGCCGUCCAACCCAACGGUCGCAUUUCUCCCAAUGAUGUUGGUUUGUGGGACACCGCCCCGGACUCGGAGCAAGUCAAGGCGCUCGAGCGAGUCGUGCGCUUCUGCCAUGCUCAAGGGGCCAAGGUGGCUGUGCAGUUGGCCCACGCCGGACGCAAGGCCAGCGUGACGGCCCCGUGGCUGGCUGUCAAGGCCGGAAAGCCGAGCUUGAAGGCAGACGAGGACGCAUUCGGGUGGCCUUCCAACGUGGUCGGACCAUCCGGGGGAAAGGAGCAUGUGUGGGACGGCACCGGCGAGGGACACUGGACGCCGCGGGCGCUGAGCAUUGAGGAGAUCGAGGAGGUGGUAAGAGCGUUCGCCAAGAGUGCGGAGGCGGCUGUCCGCGCUGGAGUGGAUGUGCUCGAGAUUCACGCGGCGCAUGGAUAUCUCCUGCACCAGUUCUUGAGCCCCGUGACCAACAAGCGUACCGACAAAUAUGGUGGAAGCUUCGAGAACCGCACCCGAUUCCUGCGAGAGGUCGCAACAGCGAUCCGCGAGGUGAUCCCGAGCGGAACUCCCUUGUUCUUGCGAGUCAGCGCGAUCGAGUGGUUGGAGGGGAAGGCGGUGGCGGCCGAGUGUGGCUCGUGGGAUCUCGACAGUACCAUUCGCUUGGUUGCCGAUAUGCCAGACCUCGGAGUCGAUCUCGUGGACGUCAGCUCUGCUGGUAAUCACAAAGACCAAGCGAUUGAUUUCGCCCACCGGAACUACCAGGUGGACCUGGCAGGCCAUGUGCGGAAGGCGAUUCGAGACGCUGGAGCAUCGACCCUUGUGGGCAGCGUUGGCUACAUCACGGAUGCGGAACAAGCCAAGGAUAUUGUGGAGGGGGCCGAUGAGGCUCGCGCGGCAGAGGCCACUCUGUCUGGAUCCUUUCCCCGAUCGGAUGUGGUGUUUUUGGCACGUCAGUUCUUGCGUGAGCCGGAGUACAUCCCCUGGACGGAGGAAAGCGGGGAGAUCACCGCCUGCGGUAUUCCCAUCAACUACAACGCGUCGAAAGAAUGGGCCGAUAAGAAAGUCGUGCUCUUCGCCGUUCCUGGUGCUUUCACCCCCACCUGCUCCAUCAACCAUGUUCCGGGAUACAUUCAGAACCUUCCACGCCUCAAGGAGAAGGGCGUGGAGGUGGUCGCAGUCAUUGCCUCCAAUGACCCCUUCGUGAUGAGUGCCUGGGGCAAGGCCAACAACGUCAAGGGCGAUGAUAUUCUGUUCCUCUCUGAUCCCGACGCCAAAUUCGCCAAUUCCAUCGGCUGGGCCAACGGUGGCCGCACCGGCCGAUUCGCGAUCAUCAUUGACCACGGAAAGGUGACCUAUGCGCAGAUUGAGACGGAGAAGGGAGUCAAGGUGUCCGGCGCGGAUGCUGUGUUGGCGCAUUUGUGA